GGAAGUGCUGUGUAGUCUACAGCUAGCUGCAGUAGUUAAAUAAGAACAAUCUUUCCCCAAGUGGUUCCUCUUGAGGACAGCAUUUCUGCUGGCUCCAGGACUUUUGGCCAUCUAUAAAGCUUCACAAUGGAAAAUAAGGAAAUUCUCAAGGAGGAAGAGUUCUUGGCUAGCACUGGAGAAGGAACAGCCGUCAACCAAACCAUGUUCCCUGCAAUGGAGGUCUUUGAAAUCAAUGAUCCGAACCCCAAGAAGAGAAGAGGGGUGAACUGCUUCAUGGUCAUGGUGGCCAUCUACCUGAUUCUGCUCACCGCAGGUGCUGGGUUGCUGGUGGUGAAAGUUUUGAAUCUGCAGGAGCGGCUCUGGGCCCUGGAGACUCACGUCAUCAAUGUAACGCUGGCCGCCGAGGACAGCCCGUCCUUCUCUUUGCUCCAGUCAAUGCCCAUCCCACACCUCCCCGGAGGCAUGUUGGGGCUGCAGGUUCUGCACGCCCUGAUCACCCAGGUCCGCACCAGGCAGGAGCACCUGCUAUGGAAGGUGGACAACUUCACUCAGAGCCCAGAGCUGUUCCGGGUCAAAGGGGAACGAGGCGCUCCAGGCCCCCCAGGACUCCAAGGCCCACCUGGAAUCAAGGGAGAGGCAGGCCUCCAAGGACCCAACGGUGCUCCAGGGAAACAAGGAGCCCCUGGCACCCCAGGACAACAGGGAGAGAAGGGCAGCAAAGGCGAUGGGGGUCUCAUUGGCCCGAAAGGGGAACCUGGAGCUAAGGGAGACAAAGGAGACCUGGGUCUCCCAGGAAGCAAGGGGGACAUGGGCAUGAAAGGAGACACAGGGGUCAUGGGACCUCCCGGAGCCCAGGGGAGUAAAGGUGAUUCAGGGAAGCCAGGGCCCCCAGGUGUGGCUGGAAUUCCUGGAAUGAAAGGAGAUCAAGGACAACCUGGAGCGAAGGGUCUUCCCGGCUCUCCCGGCGCGGCAGGAUCCCCAGGUGCCAAGGGUGAGCCUGGCAGCACUGGUUCCCCUGGACUAGCAGGACCACCAGGGAUACCCGGGAGUCCUGGAGCCGACGGCGUGAAAGGAAGCAGGGGGGACCCAGGACUUCAAGGACAGAAAGGAACAAAAGGAGAAUCGGGAGUUCCAGGCCCUGCGGGCAUGAAGGGAGAAAAGGGGACACAGGGCCUGGUAGGCCUCUCGGGUGCGCCUGGACUGAAAGGCCAAAAGGGAGAGCCAGGAGCGAAAGGAUCUUCUGGAGCGAAGGGACUACAGGGAGAAAAAGGUCAAAAAGGUGAAAGGGCUUCGAUGGAGAGCGUCCGGAUUAUCGGCACUAGGAACAGAGGCCGGGCUGAGGUUUACUAUAAUGGUGUCUGGGGGACAAUCUGUGAUGACAGCUGGGACGAUUCAGAUGCCACUGUCUUCUGCCGCAUGCUGGGCUACUCCAGGGGAACCGCCCUUACCGGAAUGGUACCUGGCCAAGGGGAGAUCUUGCUGGACGACGUUGCCUGUCGAGGGACAGAGAUGAGCCUCUGGUACUGCCAAAAGAGCAACUGGGGCUCUCACAACUGCAACCACAACGAGGACGCGGGCGUGGAGUGCAGAUGACCCCCCACAGCCCAUCCACGGCACUGCGCCCAAAGUGCAGACACAGAGGCUCAGCUCCCCUGGGGAGGGCCAGCACUCUCUGAGGGGUCCCUCUGGGGCAGGGUCACGAAUAAAGCUCAAAGCACUA